AUACGCUUCUGACCACGAACUUACCUCCCUCGGAGGGCACUUGUGCACAUACAUGCCUAUAAAAGCUUGGCUAAGGAUGCAUGUUUUAUUCACUCAUCCAUCCAUUUUAAUUUUGUUUGUUGCAUGAAAUUAGCAAUGGCUCGUUCAAUUUCUCAUUUCAAGAACACUGCCUCCCUUUUUCUUCUUGCAUUGAAUCUCAGCCUCACUAUUCACCAGGUCCUGGGUGCCACUGAUAACAGUACUCUCAAGUACUGCGGGCCCAUUACAGCCACUGAUACUGAUCGAGUCCAAUUUGCUUUGAACUUGGAGUUCUUGGAGACUGAGUUUUUUCUGUACGGUGCUCUUGGCAAAGGCCUCGACAGCAUUAAUCCUGCUUAUAGCCAAGGCGGUCCUCCUCCUAUUGGUGGUCAGAAGGCCCUUCUUGAAGACCCUGUUGUCGCUCGUAUCAUUGAGGAAUUUGCUUAUGAAGAAGUUGGCCAUAUCAGAGCGAUUACUAGCACAGUAGGAGGAUUUCCAAGGCCUCUCUUAAAUAUCAGCCGUGGGCUAUUUGCAAGAAGUUUCAACGAUGUAGUGGGUUACCCCCUCAUUCCUCCAUUUGAACCCUAUGCAAACUCUCUCAAUUUUCUGCUAGCAGCCUAUAUCAUCCCGUAUGUGGGACUAAAUGGCUAUGUCAGCACCCUUCCAAGCCUUAACAGCACUAUUUCUCGCAGCUUGGUUGCAAAACUCUUGGCAAUUGAAAGUGGACAAGAUGCAGUGAUACGUACGUUACUGUAUGAGAGAGCAAACGAGAGGGUGGUUCCGUACAAAUUCACGGUGGCUGAAUUAACCAACCUUAUCUCUGCAAGACGGAACUCCCUCGGUGGGUGUGGCAACAAAGAUGAAGGCAUUAUACUGCCUAACAAGACGCUCGGGGCAGAAAAUCAGACAACCAGCAAUGUUCUAUCCGCUGAUGCAAAUUCUCUUGCCUACGCGAGAACCCCGGCUGAGAUCUUGAGGAUUGUCUAUGGAAGUUUCAAUGAAUCUGUGCCUGGCGGGUUUUUCCCUAAAGGAGCUAAUGGUGUUAUUGCAAAGAGCUACCUUACCAGGAUCUAAUUAGGGUUAACUGCAUGCUGAUACAAAUGCUGCCUACUAUAAUAAACAAAUAAAUGCUACGAUUGUAAUUAGAACAGUAUGUAACAUCCAAUAGUUUAUUGGAUUAUCAUGCCAUGGGAUACAAGA